UUCCUACUGAUUCGAUCUGGAGCGGAGAGACUCUGCUGUAUCAUGUCGUCUUAGUUAAGCUCCACAGUCAGUAUUUACAUUAGGAAACAUGUUAUUUCAGAAUAACUCGGGCCGCUGUUCGCCUCUGAAGCUGGUUCUUUGGUUGGUGUCGUGUUUGGGAUGUUUGUUGGUCCGGUGCGGAGCAGAGGAGGGAAGCAGCAGCAGCAGCCUGUGGUACCAGGACCUAUGCAGUUAUAAAUGGGAGGCCAUAGACCAGGAUAAUAAAGUCAGCUACACCCUCAAGCUGUGCGAGUCGUCACCGUUAACCAGCUGUGGCCCUGGCACCGCCGUCUGCGCCCGGGACCUCGCCACCAACACAGACCAGUCGGUCGGGGAGCUGUCCCUGCAGAGACUCACUGGUUUGGUGCUGGAUUUCAACAACACAGUAAAAUGUCCCGGAAGCAGCAACAACAUCCAGACCAGCAUCAGCUUCCAGUGUGGGAAGACCAUGGGGACCCCAGAGUUUGUCGCUGUGUCUCAGUGUGUGCAUUACUUUGAGUGGAGGACCUACAGCGCCUGCAAGAAGAACAAAUUCAAGCCCCACAAAGAGGUGCCCUGCUAUGCGUUUGACUUGGACGGUAAGAAGCACGACCUCAACCCUCUGAUUAAACAAAGCGAAGGCUACCUGGUGGACGACGGCGACGACACCGUCGACUUCUACAUCAACAUCUGCAGAAGUCUCAACCGUGCAGAUAAAUGCCCAGAGGGCUCUGCAGCCUGUCUGGUCACCACUGAUGCCUCCUACAACAUGGGCUCACCUACCGGACCGCUGCAGCUGCUGAGCAACGACAGACUGAAGUUACAGUAUGAGGUCGCUCCCGGUUCUGCUCCAGAGAUCUGCAACGGCCACAACCCUGCCGUCACCAUCACGUUCAUCUGUCCAUCAAGCAGACUCUCGGGAAGCACUCCGAGGAUGACGGCGGAGUCAAACUGUCGAUACGAGGUGGAGUGGGUGACUGAAUACGCGUGUCACAGAGACUACCUGGAGAGUAACACCUGCAAACUGACCAGCCAACAACACGACCUGUCCAUAGACCUCACACCUUUAACUCUGAGAUCUUCAGACCCGCCGUACUACGCUCACUCUGGACCGGAUUCUGGGGACGAGAGCUACAUCUACUACCUGAACGUGUGCGGAGUGAUCCCGACCAAGGAAUGUGGCGAGGAUCCGUUUAUAUCUUCCUGCCAGUUGAAGACGACGGGAACAGUGAAGAAAGUGGCCGGAAAAUACCAGAACCAGACGCUACGUUACUCCGAUGGAGAUCUGACUCUGAUCUACCCAGACGGCAGCCGAUGCUCCAGCGGCUUCCAGAGAAUGACCAUCAUCAACUUCGAGUGCAACACAACUGCAUCCAACGGUGGGCGAGGAGCUCCGGUGUUUGCUGGCGAGAGAGACUGCACGUAUUACUUCGACUGGGACACGGCUUUCGCCUGCGUCAAGGAGAAGGAAGACCUGCUGUGUCGAGUCACAGACGGAAAGAAACACUACGACCUCUCGCCGCUCACAAAAUACCCCGGGGUAGAGAUCGAGGGGAACUGGGAGGCUGUGGACGCCAAAUCUCCUGAGCCGGACUCGCGCUACUACCUGAACGUCUGUCACAAAGUCCUGCAGACGGGAGGCGCCGUCGGCUGCCCGGUCAACGCCUCCAUCUGUGCCGUGGGUAAGACGGGCAACGCCAUCAGCCUGGGCAGCUUCAGCUCUUCUCCCCAGAAGGCAAAAAUAGGAAGUGAUAUUGUCCUGGUCUACACUGACGGAGAUUUCUGCAGCGACAAAAAGACGAGGAUACAAACCAUCCUGACCCUCAAGUGCAAAACAGGAGACCUGGAGAGCGCCCCUAUCAUCCGCAGCGUCUCCGAUGACGGCUGUGUGUACGAGAUGGAGUGGUACACUGCUGCCGCCUGCGUCCUCUCAAAGAUGCAGGGAGACGACUGCAAGGUGGAGGACCCUCAGGCCGAGUUUUCUUUCGACUUGUCGCCUCUCACCAAAGCCAACGGCGGCUUCUACAACCUGUCCAGAGACAGCUACGACUACUACAUCAACGUCUGCGGUCCGGUCACAGCGGCCGGCUGUCCUGCCAAGGCCGGAGCGUGCCAGGUGGAAACGAGCUCCUGGAGUCUCGGCGAGGCCAACUCCCGUCUGUCCUACUACGACGGCCUGAUCCAGCUGACCUACAAUAACGGCUCGCAGUACAACAACCAACAACACACCCUCAGAUCCACGCUCAUCUCGUUCCUCUGUGACCCAGAAGCCGGAGCUGGAAAACCUGAAUUCCGGAUUGAGGACAACUACACCUAUAACUUCCGCUGGUAUACAUCCUACGCAUGUCCUGAAAGGCCUCAUGAGUGUUUGGUGACGGAUCCCAAAAGUCUUGACCAGUACGACUUAUCCAGCUUGUCUCGCUCCUCCUCCAACUGGGUGGCCAUGGAUAUGACCGACACCCAGAACCUGAAGAAGUACUACAUCAACAUAUGUCGGCCAAUCAACGCUGUACCCGGCUGCGACCAUCACGCGUCCGUCUGCCAGAUGAAGUACACAUCGGGGCAGAGCUCUCCAGCAGAGGUCGUAUCGGUCAGUAACAUGGGAAUCUCCAAGCGAGGGCCGAUCAUCGAGGGGCGGGACCGCCUGCUGCUGGAGUUCACAGACGGCUCUGUGUGCAUGUCAGACGGCCAGGAGCUCAGAUACAUGACGCGCAUCCACCUGGUCUGCUCCAGAGGCUCUGUGUCCAUGAGACCUCGAUUCCUGAUGUACCAGAACUGUACCGCCAACUUCAUCUGGGAAACCAGGGCCGCCUGUGCCAUCAAAACCACCAAGAACAACAGCUGUGCUGUGGUGGAUCCAAACACCGGCUUUGAGUUCAACCUUCAGCUUUUGGCCUCUAAGACUGGAUACAGGACAAAUGCAAAUGGAAAAGACUUCCUGGUGAAUAUCUGCUCCGACGCGCCAGAGUGUGGACAGGGCAUGGCCGGCUGUGAGAUCGACGAGGGGCAUCCGGUGAGCCCGGUGGGGGUGGAAAAGACCCUGCAGUACUCCACAGACAGUCUGAUCAAACUCACAUAUAAGGGACCCCUGGACACUCCCACAGCGACUCGAGACACCUUCACCAUCAACUUCGUGUGCAAUCGCACCUCUCACCCCGGCUCGCUGAAGCUGCUUGAAGAGGAGCUGAGUACUUUACCCCACCACGUGGUCCACAACGUGCUCUUUGAGUUCUCCACUCCUCUGGUCUGCAUCCCCGCUCCGGUCGACUGCCAGAUCAUCGAUUCCCACGGUAACGAGUACGACCUGAGUCACCUGAUCCGGGAUGCAGAGGACAGCCCGUGGGUCGCCAUAGAGACCGAUGCAGCCCAAUCACGCAGCUUUUACAUCAACGUCUGCAAACCUCUUCCUCAAGUGGGAAACUGCCCAGAGGGUCCUCUGGGUGCUUGCGCCGUGAUCGACGGAAAGAGUUUGAACCUGGGGUACGUCCAGUCCAGCCCGCAGGCGGCAGAGGACGGCUCCAUCAGCAUCGUGUACCAGAACGGGGAUCAGUGUGGUCCCACGUCGCACUACUCCACACGCAUCAUCUUCCAGUGUGAUGACCACCCUGGCUCUCCCAUGUUGGACAGUAAAGAUGGUUGUGAAUAUGUGUUCAUCUGGAGGACGUCCGAGGCCUGUCCUAUCAGGAAGACUAAAGGUGUCGACUGUAAAGUUCGAGACCCGCGGAGUGGCUACGAGUUCAACCUGAACUCUCUGAAGGGCAGAGAUUAUCCCGUCAGAAAUGGAAAGUACAACUACCACCUGUCGGUGUGCGAGGGGCUACAGAGGGGCAUCUGCACCCACAGAGACACGGGCAUCGAAACUGUGUCCUCCUGCCAGGUGGACGGAGACAACCAUAAGAUCGCAGGAAUGGCAAACCAAGUCUUGAGUUACGUGGGCGACCAGCUGAUCCUGAACUACACCGAUGGAGACACGUGUCAUAAAGUCUACAAAAGAUCAACAGAGAUCCACUUCUCCUGCCACCCGGACCGCCAUCCUGGAGUCCCAGAGUUUCUCAACGAGACUUCAGACUGCACCUACCUGUUCAGCUGGCCCACAGCUCUGGCCUGCAUCCCGUUCAAAACCACCAGCUGCUCCUACAACGAUGGUCAGGGCAACUCGUACGACCUCUCCCCUCUGGCUAUGGAGUCUAGAAACUGGGUAGUGGAGCCGUCUACUGAGGACACAGACAAACAAUAUUACAUCAACGUCUGCAGGUCGCUGGUGCAGCAGGGAGGAUCGUGGAAGUGUCCGUCCACCGCCGCGUCCUGCGUGAAGGUCAGAGAUGAAUAUGUGAACCUGGGCCAGGUGGAGUCCGGUCCCACAUUGGAGGGAAAUGUCCUGAAGCUGCAGUACAGCAGCGGCCAGGCCUGUCCCGACAGUAGCCGCAAGAAGACCAGCAUCAUCCGCUUCAAGUGUGACAAAGAUAAAGUGGACUCGCGGCCUACUCUGAUCUCUGCCAUCGAGGACUGUGUGUACACCUUCCUCUGGUUAACAGCUGCUGCCUGCCCUCUCAACACCAUCCAGCAUGAUGACUGCAAAGUCACCAACCCUUCUACAGGUCACCUGUUUGAUCUGAACUCCCUGACGAAGGAGGAAGGCUACACGGUGUUCGAUCCUCGGGAGAGCAGGAGGAUGUUCCGCUUGAACAUCUGUGGAAACAUGACCAACAUCGGGUGCAGCCCUGAAACAGCUGUGUGCAUCAAGGAAGGAGCUACUGUAGUGAGCGGGGGUCAGGUGAGCAGGAAACUCUCGUACACGGAUCAAGUUCUGGAGCUGACGUAUGAAGGAGGAAGUCCCUGCCCAGCAAACCCCACACUCCAACACAAGACCAUCAUCCACUUCUUCUGCAGGCCACCUACCAUGAACUCGUCUCCUCCAGAGCCGGUUCUCAUCGACUCAGAAGCUCAGACCUGCACGCACUACUUCUCUUUCCAGACCCCUCUGGUGUGCGAGCAGACAGUGAGGUGUUCAGUCCAGAACGGCUCUGCUCUCAUAGAUCUGACUCCUCUGAUUCACGUUAACGGAUUCUACGCAGCAACAGAUGAUGCAGUGGACCAAAGUGAUGAUUCUCCAGACUUCUACAUCAACAUCUGUCAGCCUCUGAACCCCAUCCCGGGGGUCACCUGCCCCCCUGGAGCUGCUGUCUGUAUGGAUCCUGAUAAUGGACCUCCUGUGGACAUCGGGCGGACCACCAGCGGGCCUGAGAUCAAUGCUGCGACAGGAGAAGUGUCCAUCACCUACCACAGCUCCACCAAGUGUGCAGCCGAUCCCUCCCAGAACUACACCUCCACCAUCAUCUUCACCUGCCAGAGAGGCCUGGAGCUGGGCUCUCCACAAAUGCUGCGGCUGCAGGAGUGUGUGUACCUGUUCGAGUGGGCGACCCCCAUCGUCUGUUCAGACGCCACGCACACCAGCGGCUGCCGUCUGACCGACUCGCAGCUGCAGUUCACCUUCGACUUGUCGGCCCUAUCUGGUGAAGUCCAGGUACCAGCGGACUCCAGCAUGUACCACAUUAACGUCUGCAGCUCGGUGACAGAGCCGGCCUGUAAGAAGAGCGCCGUCUGCCGGGCGUCUGGCUCGGGUUCAGACAAGUCCGCCUCUUCGUAUGGCAUCAGCAAGGCCAUGACGAUGGAGUAUAAACACGAGGAGCAGGCCGUACUGAUGCAGUAUGGAGGAGGAGAUCCCUGCCCACCAGUGACGGACAGAGGCGAGGCGUGCGUGUUCCCCUUCACGCACAUGAAGAAGUCGUACACAGAGUGCACCAUGGAAGGACGGACCGAUGGCAAGAAGUGGUGUGCCACCACCGCGAACUACGACACAGACAAGAAAUGGGGAUUCUGCCAUGAAGCCUCAGGUCAGCGACAGUCCUCCAUUCUGUUCUACUGCGACCAGUCUGCAGGCCACGGCUCCCCGAAGCUGCUCUCGGAGACGGAGGGCUGCUCGGCCACGUUCCAGUGGACGACCAGCGCCGUUUGUCCGCCGAAGAAGAUGGAGUGCAAACUGGUCAGCCAGCAUCGGACCUUCGAUCUGAGAACUCUGUCCUCCCUCACCGAGCCGUGGAAGUUCGGCCACAAAGGAGAUUCGUAUUACUUCAACCUGUGUCAGGGUAUCCACGGUGGACUCCCAGGAUGCCCAGAAGGGGCGUCGGUGUGCAGACACUCUGCAGCGGGACAGACUCAGGCGCUGGGCCGAGUUUACACCCAGGCGAUGAGCUACACUGACGGAAAGAUCUCUGUGAGUUACUCAGCGGGAGACGAUGUCUGUGGUAACGGAGUGAAGGCCAAGACUGUGAUCCAGCUGAGCUGUGGCACCAUCAUGGGACGCCCGGCACUCAUCAGCGUCAAUGAGACUUCCUGUGAGUUUGUGAUUGGCUGGGAGACUCGGUCGGCGUGUGCGGUGAAGCCGCGUGAGGUGGAGAUGAAGAACGGGACGAUCCAGGUUCCUGACACGGGAGUCAGCCUCAGUCUGGGAGAUCUUUACUUCAGCCACCAUCAGGCGUCUGGAGACAUCCGUCCCAACGGCGACCGCUACAUCUACCACAUCCAGCUGUCCGGCCUCACCAACAUCUCCCUGCCCAGCUGUGUGGGAGCCAACAUCUGCCAGGUCAAACUCAACGCGGCCUACAGGCGCAAGAUUGGCUCCUCCAGCAGCGCCAAGUAUUACAUUAAAGGAGGAAACCUGGAUGUGAUGGUGCCCUCCGAGUCCCAGUGUGGACGGGAGAAAACGAAGAUGGUGUCCUCCACCAUCAUGUUCCACUGUAACCCCUCAGCAGGCGUCGGCAUCCCAGAGUUCAUGAGCGAGACGGACGGAUGCCAGUACCUGUUUGUGUGGCACACCAACGCCGUGUGUGGUCUAACAACCGUCGACGCUCAGUCGUUUGACGACGACGACGACAGCGACACUCCGGCUCUCUCCAGGCGGACUCAGGCGAUGGGCUUGAUGCUGACUCUGCUGCUGGUGGGUCUGGUGGUCUGCCUGCUCGGGUUUCUGCUGCACAAGAGAGAGAGAAGAGAUCUGGUGAUCCAGAAGGUCGCCGGUUGCUGCAGGAGAGGAAACCAGGUCGCCUAUAAAUAUUCCAAAGUCAACAUGGACGAAGAAGGAGGCGAAGAGGAGAUGGAGUGGCUGAUGGAGGAGCUGGAAGCCCCUCCUUCAUCCUCCUCCUCCUCCUCCUCCCACAGGGGGAAGAGUAACCACGGCAACGGCCACAUCAAGACCAAGCCGGUGAACACGGACGGCCUGCGCUCUUUCUCCCUGGACGAGCAGGACGACGAUGACGACAGCGAGGACGAGGUGCUGAGCGUCCCCGGGGUGAGGGUGUUGAAAUCCUCGGGACUCUCCAGGCCCUCCACCGUCCACCGCAGCGCCUUCCUCCAGGAGGAGAGCGAUGAAGACCUGGUCGGCCUCCUGGAAGAGUCGGACAGGAAGCGGAAGGGCAGCAAACCCCGCCCCUCAGGCCGCAACCACGACAACAACGCGGCAGCCAACAGGAAACGGGACGAGGACGACAGUGACGAGGACCUCCUCAGGGUGUGAUGUCACUUCCUCCUCCUCGUCUUCCUCCUUCUUUCUCUAUCCAUCCAAUCUGAACUCUUCUCUCUCAGCGAAUGUCUCCGACUCCGACGAAGCAGAAACCUUUCCUCUCUCUUUGGGAUUAUCUUUUUUUUGGUUUGGACUGCACCUUUUACUCGGACUCUCUACAGACUGUCGAUGUAAGCACAUGGGUUCUUAUUUAUUGAUAGCUGAUUAUUUAAAUUGUUUUCUAUUUUUGCAUAUUUUCUCUGAAACUCUGAAAGGAAAUAAUCCGCAUCUCUAGAGUUACUCUUUUUACUCGAUACACUCCUAACAGGCCGGCUGGGACUCAACACAUCGAGGCAUGUCGGUGUAACGAUGUUUGAUCAAUUUGUACGACGUCUUUCUUUUUUCUUCUAGAGGUUUGAAAUGUGGCUGUGCCAUUUUGCUUUAGCACUUUACUGUAGCAUCGAUUAGCCGAGGAAACCCCCACUGUCGACACGCCUCGUCGCAGAGAAAAGCCACAUUUUGAGUUGAUUCUUUGUUUUAUUUUGAAAGUCCCUCGGCCUGUUAGGACCGUAUCCUGUAACUCUGUAGAGAUGUAGAUGUUUAAGAAGCUCAGUGGGGAAACAAAUUGAGCAGAUUUAAGAGAGAAAAUCAUCGGCUAAUGAAGAGAACGAAGCCUGAUCGGAGUCCGAUUGUGUUGUUUCUAAAAGGGAAUGAAGACAGCCGUUUGUCUUCUUGUUGUUUACAGUCAACACGGGAGCAGUCUCUCUGUUUCCCCGUCGAGAGAAAAGAGAGAGAGCGAUGCCUUCCUGGCUGAAUCGUUGUCCGGCGACAGAUUGAUUUUUGUCUUGUUUUGGAUCCGAGACGUUGUACAUAGGCGACCGUGUUCUAUAAUAUGGAAGUUUUUUUGUUGUUUGUUUAUUGUUUGUCCGUUUGUCCUCACUGGUGAGUUGCUCGCACAUUAUUUUGUUUUUAUGAUUAUUUAAACGGUUGCUUAACGAGCUGAUUUAUCGUGCCGAUCUCUGUUGUGUGUGUAAAGAAAGGUGGCCUUAAGUGUGAAUGGACAAGUCGACGAGGGCGGAGGCUGAAAGUCGAUGUUAGUUUAGGAUUUGUUUUGUUUUGAAGUCCUCCCUCCCCUCCCCCCUCCCUCAUUCCUGUCAAAGCCAUAUCUCUACAGCCGCAAAUGUAGGGACUCCCACCCCCCCCCCCCCCCCCCCCCAACGCUUGCACAUUCUCGUGCGUUAAAAAACGUUUCUCUGCGCUCCAGAUCUGUGAUCAUGGAUGCACCAAACACUCUCAGUAAAGCCAAGUUUUUGUAGUGCCGAAAUCCGCCCUUUUUUAUUUUUUUUGAAGCCAAAUGAACGCGAUGAUGACGACAAAAAAAACAAGGAAGUGAUGCGUCAAAGUGUCAAGAAAACAGGAGAUGAACUCCCAUUUCACAUCCAGUAUAACCUGCCGCUGUCUGACAGGAUGCCAGUAUUUCUAAAAAUGAAGUCAAAGCUGAAUCCAGGUGUUUCCACAUGUUGGGACUCAGCCCGUCACAGUAUCAGCACACAGAGUAUUCGGGGUGGCGUCGUUCUCUCCACAGACGUAGUUUGAUGUGAGGUCGGAGGUUUUAGUUUUGUAUCCACACAUUAAGAACUCAAAUUGGUCGAUUUACAAACAGACUCAUUUGAAUGUCGCUUUUGCUAAAAUGUCUCUCUCAUCGUUUUAAGGUCGUGGGCGCUAAGAGAAAAACUGUCGCUGUAACUUAAACUGAACACGGUGGACCGGCCGGUGCUUUGAAUUUAUCUUCUCUGAGAAACAUGUCAAGGGUUUGGAAAGCGGCAACUAGCAAUUUUUUUUUUUUUUUUACUUUUUCUUUAUUUUAUUUAAAACAUCAGUAAUUAUGUUGACUUUGCAAUGUCAGAAAAACAGUGAAAAUUCUCAUCAUGACAUCGAUGUGACGACUAAAGAGCGUUAGAAAAAAGUCAAAUUUUCUUUUCAGCAUAUUUUUUUUAAUAAUCUUUGUUCAGUUAUCGACUUGAACCCCGAAGAAGAAACAUCUGGAUGUCGAGGUUCUAGUGUAUGUCAGUAAAGUUUCCUGCGUCUGCCUGCAUGGUACCGUCCUGAACCUCCUCCUUUUUCUAUCCAGAUGUGAACAGGUGUUUUUUUUUUUUCGUGCAGUUUUGGGCUACAUGACACUAAAUCAGGGAGGAAGGAGUUAAAUUCAGAAGCGGGCAGACACAAACGAACGAACGAGGAGAAACGAGUGACUUUUGGGAAAAGCACAAGAAGUCUUUCUGUGAUGAUUGUGUUCUUCGGGGAGAUCAUCGUUCUGUUUGCGUUGGUGUGAGUUAUGUUGUCUGUUUCUCAGCUCUUUGCCUGUUUUCCUAUUUAAAAAGCAUCGAUGUAAAAAAAUACGACAUUAUUUGAAUAAAUAAGAUCUGCUGUUUCA